AAGAGACAGCGAGAGGCAGCAAAAGUGUGUUACAAGUUUUUGCACACCCGAACUAUUCCAAUUAAAUUAGAAUUAAUGCAAUUUGAAAGCAAAGUGCUAGUGCUGAACAUUGUGUAACGGUGUGUAUAUUUGUAAUUUUAAGCAUUUUGUAAAUAAGACAAAAAAAAAUAAAUAAAAUAAAUAAAUAAAUAAGUAAAAUAAAAGCUGCGCACUUGCUGUCCACCCAAUAAGAAGAAAUCCCCUUAACUUAACUGACAAGUGCUGCCAAAGCCACCACAAUAAAAACACAAAAUCAUCUAAUAAGCAAAUAAUAUAAGCUAAACGCAACAAAGUCUAACAAAAUGGGCUGCACUACAUCGGCUGAAGAGCGCGCUGCCAUACAACGUUCCAAACAAAUCGAGAAGAAUCUGAAAGAGGAUGGCAUUCAAGCGGCAAAGGACAUUAAACUUUUGCUACUCGGCGCCGGUGAAUCGGGCAAAAGCACAAUAGUCAAACAAAUGAAAAUCAUUCACGAGAGCGGGUUCACUGCGGAGGACUUUAAACAAUAUCGACCGGUUGUCUACAGCAACACAAUACAAUCAUUAGUUGCAAUAUUGCGAGCCAUGCCAAAUCUUAGUAUUCAGUAUAGCAAUAAUGAACGGGAGAGCGAUGCGAAAAUGGUGUUCGAUGUGUGCCAACGCAUGCACGACACCGAACCCUUCUCAGAGGAGCUGCUGGCUGCCAUGAAGCGGCUUUGGCUGGACGCCGGCGUACAGGAGUGCUUCUCGCGCAGCAACGAAUAUCAAUUGAAUGAUUCCGCUAAAUAUUUCCUGGACGAUUUGGAUCGGUUAGGCGCCAAGGACUAUCAGCCUACCGAGCAGGACAUCUUGCGCACCCGAGUCAAGACCACCGGCAUUGUCGAGGUUCAUUUCUCCUUCAAAAAUCUCAACUUCAAAUUGUUCGAUGUGGGCGGCCAGCGAUCUGAGCGCAAGAAAUGGAUACAUUGCUUUGAGGAUGUGACAGCGAUUAUUUUCUGCGUUGCCAUGUCCGAAUACGAUCAGGUCUUGCAUGAGGACGAAACUACGAACCGCAUGCAAGAGUCGCUGAAGCUGUUUGAUUCCAUUUGCAACAACAAAUGGUUUACGGAUACCUCGAUUAUAUUGUUCCUGAACAAAAAGGAUCUGUUCGAGGAGAAGAUACGCAAGAGUCCGCUGACAAUUUGCUUUCCCGAGUACACAGGCGGUCAGGAGUAUGGUGAGGCGGCUGCCUACAUUCAGGCUCAGUUCGAAGCGAAAAACAAAUCAACCUCGAAAGAAAUCUACUGCCACAUGACGUGCGCCACAGAUACCAACAACAUUCAGUUUGUAUUUGAUGCUGUUACCGAUGUCAUCAUAGCAAACAAUUUGCGCGGCUGUGGCCUGUACUAAGACGUGAUGGCGGGGCUAAACGGGAACCGUUACGGUAUUACAAAAACAAAAAGAAGUAAACAUAAAACAAGUUAAAAUAAUAAUAAUAAUAAUAUUAAUAAUGAUAAUGAUAUAUGAAAACAACAACAACAACAACAAAUUACAGCGCGGGAGCACAACAACCCACCAGCAUUGAUCAAAAAAGCAAAUGAUGAUAGAACCAACAAAACACAUACAAAUACAAACACACACACAUUUACACGUACUAAG